AUGGCCGGCGGUUUUCCCGCGGUUUCCUUUCUUAGUUCUGAUUAUGUCGACGAUGCAGGCAAGAAUUCUCUAAAACGCGCCCCUAGAGAACUCUUCAGUACGACUUCUAUUUCUUCGCAGUCUUUCUCACAUACAUCAGCAUUGAAUUCACCCAAUGGCGUCACUUCUACCAAGGAGACGCCCGGACCAGGGGGUGCGCAAAGCAAGCCAAAGAAUGUGGGAAUUCUACAGGUCACCAAUAGCGUCAACUUACAGAUUGAGAAAAAGCAACAGCCUAUGUCGACAUCAGUUUCCCACAUCCAGGAAGGGGUUUCGCAUCUCCAAGGGCCCACACUCGCCGCCAGCAUUCCUUAUGCUGAUAGCUUGAGAAGUGACUCUUCCCAUCGGCUCUCCUCAGAUGACAGUACACUUAGUGGAUCCACUUCAAGCUCCAACGGGUGCUCGACUGAAAUCACUGACGAUGAUUAUGAUGAUGGGAUCGGCGCCGAAGACAAACUCAAAAGUGCAAACCAUGCAGCUCAAGAGCAAGCUCGCUGGCCUCAUUGCCUUUGUUUCACAAAAUCUAAGUUUCUUGAUGUUCAUGGCCUUAGCGUGAUUAUACCUGCAGGUACUCCUAUUGUCUCCAAAGUUCGUGAAGAUCUGCCUCUGGUCGUCAUAUCUGAGAAGCUCUACGACUUGCUCAACGGGGAUGAGGAAGGGUCGGCUGCUGAGGAACGAGGAAAAGAACGUUCUAUAAAGCUCCCCCAAGCUUUCUUACGUGUUCAACAAAUGGCUCGACGGGGUUUCAAUGCUCUUUCUCGGGUCCGGGCCUCCUCUCCUGGCUUGCACUCAGGGCGAAUUACACCCACUGAAGAUCACAAUCCUAAUGACUGCCUGGAUUCACGAUCUCACAACAACUUCGGUGUGCUGGCCAACUUACUAAGGCUUCACGACAGUCGAAAUGCGGCAAGUAAUUAUGGCCCAAGUCCAGAGUAUAUCAGUUAUCCAGACACCUUACAUCUAUGUAACGGCACUUUUGAUAACCCUACCAGCUCCGAACGAUCGCUUAGCCAAGACUCUGGAAUUGUUAAACCCACAAAGAGAAAAUGGUGGGAGAAGAAUUCCAGCCAGUCAUCUCCACCGCUUUCCUGGACAGAUUCGAGCACUAAGAGCUCUUUCUCAAACCCAUCCGCACAACGUCCACCUCUAAGACGCUCCCGGAGCAGUGGUGGCCUUACACCGGCUAUACAAAGACUAGUGAAGCUACGUGCUCAAGAAAAUGCUCGUGACGAGAUGUGUAUAACUGUGCAGCUUGCCGAGACUCUAUCACGUCAACGAUAUUUGCUUCGUCUCUGUAAGGCACUGAUGAAGUAUGGAGCACCUACUCAUCGAUUGGAAGAAUAUAUGCGCAUGACCGCGAAGGUGCUGGAGAUUGAUGGGCAAUUUCUUUACAUCCCCGGCUGUAUGGUGAUAUCAUUUGAUGAUGCUGCUACCCAUACUGCAGAUGUCAAACUGGUCAAGGCUGCGCAAGGUGUGGACUUAGGCCGCUUAUUGGAAGUGCAUCAAAUAUAUAAAGAAGUCAUUCACGAUGUCAUUGAAGUUGCAGAGGGAACGCGCAAACUGGAGGAAAUAAUCAGACGACCACCCCGGUUUAACGUCUGGUUUCUCAUCCUCAUGCACGGUUGCGCCAGUGCCUCUGUUGGGCCUUUUGCAUUUGGAGCUCGUCCUAUCGACAUUCCACCAGCGUUUCUUCUUGGCUGCUUACUUGGAACGCUGCAGUUAGUUCUGUCACCGCGCUCAUACCUAUACUCGAAUGUAUUCGAGAUCUCUGCUGCGGUCCUUACCUCUUUUCUUGCAAGGGCUUUUGGCAGUAUCACUUACCAAGGGGGUCGUCUUUUCUGUUUCUCCGCACUUGCGCAGUCAUCUAUCGCUCUCAUUUUACCGGGAUACAUGGUGUUAUGUGGAAGCUUGGAACUGCAGUCCCGUAGCAUUGUUGCAGGCUCAGUUCGGAUGGUUUAUUCCAUUAUAUAUUCACUCUUUCUGGGAUUUGGUAUCACUAUCGGCACCUCGGUAUACGGUCUAUUGGACCCCAAUGCCACUUCGGAAUAUUAUUGCCCCCCAAGUCCCAUUCAAAACCCUUAUUUACAACGUCUACCAUUUGUUAUCAUGUUCACUUUCUGCUUGACAACAAUAAAUCAGGCGAAGUGGCGGCAGAUACCAGUGAUGCUUUUUAUUUCCCUUUGCGGCUAUUUGACCACUUAUUGCUCAACGAAAAGAUUCGGAUCGAACACUCAGGUCGUCAAUGCUAUGGGUGCCUUUGUUAUUGGCGUCAUGGGGAAUUUAUACAGUCGACUUGGGCAUGGCCUUGCAGCAGCAGCCAUCCUUCCGGCAAUAUUCGUUCAAGUGCCAUCUGGUUUAGCUGCAAGUGGUUCUCUGGUUUCCGGUAUCACUUCGGCCGAUGAAAUCAACCACAAUACCUCAUUCUAUUCAAUCAUUAAUAACGGUACUCAAGGUUUUCUUGAGGCACAACAAAACAUGACGCUCUACGGAAGCAGUAGGAUGUACAGCGGAGUCGUCUUUGACAUAGGAUAUGGAAUGAUCCAAGUUGCCAUCGGUAUCACUGUUGGUCUCUUUUUGGCCGCUUUAGUUGUCUAUCCUCUGGGAAAGAAGCGAAGUGGUCUAUUCAGCUUUUGAGCUUGGAACCGAAUUGGGCCUUGGGAGCCAGUGCCUGGUGUCAUUGACGAUGCUUUUAUAUAUUCAUAUCAGAAUGUUUCCUGCGUUUAGACUUGCUAAUAUCGUUCUCAUUCCUUGCUUCCAGUUAUCCCUCUCUUUCGCAAUUGAGAUUUCUGUGCUUUUCUAAUCUUCUUGUUCAUUUUGCAUUGUCGUGUGGGCCAGCGACCUUCCUACACCGGUGUUAUCAGGGGUUUCACUUUUUAUUCGGUUUUUGCACGCGCAGACCGUGUUUGUAUCAAUUACUAUAGCGACAUUCUGCUUUUCGCUUG